AUGAAAAUAGCCAAAGCUAAAUUUAGAGAUCAAAAAGUCAACUGCUGUCUCGAACCGGGAUUUUUGGGACCAACUAUAUGUAGCGAUAAAAUUCUCAAGCAUAUUGGUGGGAAAAUCACUAGACGGAUAAGUUCUGAAGAUAAAGAUAGUAGAUUUUUCAGGGAGAUGACUACACAUCCGAUUGGAUGGACCGUGAUUCCACUUACUUUUACUUCAAGUGUAGAAUGUAGUCGAUUUAGCAAACAAUAUACAUUUAUUACAAUUUCAACCCAGGUAUUAAUCGUAAAACAUCAUCCCGAAUUUCCCAAUCAUAUCAUGUUAGGGUUUGAUUGGUUCACUGGUCGAAAAUAUGAUGAUGAAGAGCUCCAGAUAUAUAGAGCAGAAAUUGUAACUGACGCAGAGGAUGGUUGGGAAAAUCCAUAG